GCCAAGGCGGGGCCAGAACUGGCUACGGGCGGCCAGGCUAGCCCAGGGCUCAGGGCAGGAGCGGCGGCGGCGACAGCGACAGCGAGGGACGGCUCCCCGGACACGCCUGCCAACUGCCCGCCCGCCUCAGUUGCCAGACUAUGUUUACACUCCUGGUGCUACUCAGCCAACUGCGCAUACUUACCUUCGCGUUCCCUCAUCGCACAAGAAGUCCAGAGGAGUCUAGGCAUGCGGGAGAAGAAGUCUUUACAUCAAAAGAAGAAGCAAACUUGUUCAUACGUAGACACCUCCUAUAUAAUAGAUUUGAUUUGGAGCUCUUCACUCCCGGUGACCUAGAAAGAGAAUGCAGAGAAGAACUUUGUAAUUAUGAGGAAGCCAGAGAAAUUUUUGUGGAUGAAGAUAAAACGAUGACAUUUUGGCAAGAAUAUUCAAUUAAAGGACCAACCACAAAAUCAGAUGCUAACAGAGAGAAAAUCGAUGUUAUGGGCCUUCUGACUGGACUAAUUGCUGCUGGAGUAUUUUUGGUUAUUUUUGGAUUACUUGGUUACUAUCUUUGUAUCACUAAGUGUAACAGGCAACAACAUCCAGGUUCUUCAGCCACCUACGCAAGAAGCGGCAGACACACUCCCUCCAUCAUUUUCAGAAGACCUGAGGAGGCUGUCUUGUCUCCAUUGCCACCUUCAGUGGAGGACACAGGGUUACCUUCUUAUGAACAGGCAAUGGCACUGACCAGAAAACACAAUGUUUCACCGCCACCACCAUAUCCUGGGCCAGCAAAAGGGUUUAGGGUAUUUAAAAAAUCUAUGUCACUCCCAUCUCACUAAGCCCACCUUGUUGUCUUCGUGAUAUAGGACAUUCACAUUAUUUAAAUGGUUUGUUUUCCCUGAACCAAAAAGACAUGUCAAUUCAGCCCUUUAUGACAAACUGCAGAGAGUAAAGGAGGAAUAAGCACGUGUACUAUGCCACUGGAGAUCUGUUAGCAUCCUGGACCUGAACUUGAUCAUAAUCAGCUGGAUAAGGAACUUUGUAUCUUUGCAGUUAAGAAGAGAGCACUUUUUUGUUCCUUUUAAUGGUUCAAAAAAUCUGUUAUGGAUGUCACAGCUACAACUGGGAUAUCUGUAUCCUCUGUACAGAAAAAGUUUGUAGAUUUCUUGUAUUGAAUACUAAAAAGGUAAGAAUUUCUAAUUGUUAGAUUAUCCCAAGUCAUAAUAUUUGACCUACUCUUUUUUUAGGAUUUCUUUUUGUUUGGAAAUACUUCACAGAAUUUGGCAUUUAAAUAUAAAUUGGUGGCCUUUAUAUAAUCACUUGUUUUUUUAUUUUAAAUUAUUGCAUAGCAUUCACCAUAUUUUGCACGUUUUUAUUAUGAACUCUUGCUAUCAGUCAUGUUUUAUUAUGGGGAGUGGGGUCAAUAGUUUUCUUUAAAAAAAAAAACAAAACAAACACUUGCUAGAGAGUUAGUUCUUCAGAGGGAACAGGGUUGCAAUGUUACGGAUUUGCAAGGGUUGUUAUACCACCAAAUAAAGAUACAGGCCUCAAAUCUAGGAGUGACAACUUGAUAAGUUGUGCAUAUUAAUGAUGAGUAGACACACCCAUUUUCAUUGUUACGUUAUCUGUAUCUGACUAUAACUAUUAAUCUGGAAAAUUUGUUGAAUUUUAUAAAUAAUAGUUUGAGAACCUGGAAGAAGUAACUUACUUUUCUGCUAUCAAAAUAAUAUUGAUUAAAGUUACCAGCAACCCCCUGUAUCUCUUAAUGUCUAGACACAGAACACCAUAGGUAAUCAUUUUGACCUAUAUUUUGUAUUUUCUUCUAAUUGUAUAUAUGACCAAUCUCCCCUUAAGAACAUAGUAGAGUAUAAGCUAUAAACUUCUAGAAUGAAUGUUUGUGCACAAAUUUAUUUGAGUGGGUGUGUACGUAUAUGUGAAUUUGUUUCCUCUUUGCAGGAGCUCAAAAAAAAAACCAUACUCCUGAGAAAUAGAAAAUUCUGUUCUUUAUGUUUUUUGCCAGGCGUUGCUUUUUUCCUAUUUAAGACCAUUUAUAAAAUUGUAUUUUGUUUUAUAAUUUUUACAGAGGUGAGAUUAAAACUCACAUGCAUUUGAUAAUUCCUUCCAAAUUAAAUGUUUAGAAAAUAUAAAUCAUAUUAUACUGUGUGUUUGGGUGUAUGUCUCUCUUUUAAGACAGCAUGAUCUUAAUGCAGAUAAAAGAAAGAUCUUAAUCAUUAUAGACUGCUACAGACUUUACCUUUUAUAUUUUCAGAGUCUCUUUGGUUGCGUGUUACAAAGAAAUCAUCUGGCAACAUUUAGAUAUAAUUAGGAAGAAGUCUUUUUAAAGUCACCUACAUUACCUAUAAAAAUUUUACUAUUUGUCAUACCUUGCCUUACAUAAGCACUUUUUCUCAUGUAACUUUGCACUUUGCCCUUAUUUUAAUCCUCUUUAAAAGGUCGGAGGCAAACUCUAUUCACUUUAGCAAUCACACUGAGGCAUAGAAGGAUAGCUUGACCAAAAUCUAACAUGUUGAUGAGAGCUAGGUUUAGAAUGAGCAAGCACACUUUUCUAGGCCCAUCUCAUACCUAUAGAAUUACACUGUCUCAAAUUAUGAAAUUAUAAAAUAGAGACAAUUCUAAGUCUGUAUGAGAAAUGUAUAAACAUUUGUCAUAUAUACAUAAAUGUAUAUAGGUGCAUAUAUUACAUAUCUGUAUAUGUAUUCCCACACAUGUGCUUCUUAGGAUGAAUAAAAAUAUAAGAUAUGAUAUAUCUUUUAUUGAAUCACAAUUUGAAAUAUUCCAUGAACUUGUUUACUCCCAUUGACUCACAAGAAUCUAACUGCAAAUCUAGCUUCAGAGCCUGUGACAACCCCUGUCACCCCAGCAGUAGCCUAGAUUUGUCAUGUGCCAUCAUUAAGUGUGAAACUUGCUCUGACUUGAACAAAUCUAGAAUUUAUCAUUAAGAUAAUGAAAUAACUGGUAUUUGUAGAGCAUCCAAUGUUGAGCUCAUAAUACUUUAAAUAUAAAAAAGAAAAUGUGAUAGAACCAUAAUCAACAAAUACUUAUAAUAAUUAAAAGGAAAAUAUCAAUAUAAAAUUAUUGACACAUUUCUGUCCCAUUCAAGCUUUUCUAUUCCUUGUAUACUUUUGGUGGUGGGUUUUCUGGUUUGAUUAAUUUGUUUUGUUUGUGCUUCUUCCCUGGGUAACUGAUUAGUGUUAACCAUUAAAUCUAUUUUUGACACAAAGCUUUCUAGUUAGGUAGAUCAGUUUUCCCCUCUAUCACAAUCAGGAAAUGAAUGUAAUAUGGGUAUGAAAAGGGAAUAAACCUAGAAAAAGACAAAUACACAUUAAUAGGGUUAUGCCUUCAGUAGGCUAGAUAAUUCUACACAGAAUAUUCUCUUUUCAAGAUGAAAAAAAUCAAAGAGAGCACAAAUUAUGACUGUGUCAAAGUUUUGCAUCUGUUAAUAUUGUGCCCUCUGAGUGAUUAUACAGAGCUGGGUGAUAAUUCUCAGAACAAUUAAAAACUAGAGCAACAGCGUCCUCUGUGUCUGGUUUCCUGUUUGCCUAUAAAAUUCUAAUCAUUUUUUCCUAUUUCUCAGAUAAGUUAUGUAUGUGUGUACUUUUCCUAUAUGUACAAGAGAAUUUUUUAGUGAGAAAAAGUUUGUUAGUGCUGUUUAAAAGCUUAAUUUCAUAUUAUUCAUUUUCCUUUUGUUCUAACUGAAUGUGAAAUAAAUUAGUUACCAGUUUGAUUUGAAAUGUUGUAUGUGACAUUUAUACUACUAGAAGAGUGUCUAGAAUUUCUGUAAUUUUUUUAAAAACUAGAUUCUUUUGUAGAUCCUGCCUGUGUAGCAUUUGGAACACUAUGACAUAUAAUGAUGCCUUCAAUCUUCUGUAUUGUGUCUUUCCUUCAACAUUUUUUGUUGUUUACAGAUGUUUCCCUAACAGUUCAAGAGUUUAAGGCAAUUCAGUACAAAUUUAUCAGCAUUUUCAUUAUCUGGAAAAAGCAACCCAUUUUUUGAAUACAUAUUUUUCCUACAGGUUUGAUUAUAUUUUGGUUUUAACGGAUUUGUUAUCA